GCCUCUGCCGCCUGCUUGCUCGCCUCGGGCUGUCUGCCGAAAUCCCCCGGAGCCCUCCUGCACCUCCAUCGCCUGUCUCCUCCAAAGCUUCCCCCCUGCCGUCGCCUCCUCAGGUCCCGUCGAACCUGCUCCACCACCCACCCGCCUCUCUCUUGCUCACGCUUUCGCCAUGGAACGAUACCUGCGACUGGAGCGGCUCGGCGAAGGCACCUAUGCCACCGUUUACAAGGGCAAGAACAGACUCACCAACGAGAUCUUUGCCCUCAAAGAAAUCCACCUCGAUCCAGAGGAGGGCGCCCCCUCAACCGCCAUCCGAGAGAUCUCGCUGAUGAAGGAGCUCCGCCACCAGAACAUUGUCCGCCUCUACGACGUCAUUCACACCGACCGAACCCUCACCCUGGUCUUUGAGUUCAUGGACCAGGACCUGAAGAAGUUCAUGGAUACCCAUGGAAACCAAGGCGCUUUGGAUCCCAUGACUGUCAAAAAGUUCAUGUACCAGCUGCUGAAGGGCAUUGCCUUUUGCCACGAGAACCGGGUUCUGCAUCGAGACCUCAAACCCCAAAACUUGCUCAUUAAUCGCAACAUGGAACUGAAGCUGGCCGAUUUUGGUCUCGCCCGUGCCUUUGGCAUCCCCGUCAACACCUUCUCCAACGAAGUCGUCACACUAUGGUACCGUGCCCCGGAUGUCCUGCUGGGAUCGCGCAACUACUCCACCUCGAUCGAUAUUUGGAGCGCAGGAUGCAUCAUGGCCGAGAUGUUCUCUGGCAAGCCCCUCUUCCCCGGAAAGACAAACGACGACGAGCUCAUCAAGAUCUUCAAGGUCCUUGGCACCCCCUCUGAAACCACCUGGCCCCGAGUCGUCGAGCUGCCAGACUACCGCAAGGGCUUCCAAUACUUCCCGCCUCAGAACCUGUCAGCCAAGCUGCCCAUGAUCGAUCCCUAUGGCAUGGACCUCCUGCAGCGCAUGCUCCAGUACGAUCCGCAGAACAGAAUCAGCGCCAAGGACGCCCUCAACCACGUCUACUUCAACGACCCCUCGCUGGCUCUCCCUUCCGCCAUGCCAACCAUGCCGCUCUCGGCCGGACAGGGACGCCAGGCCAUCCCUCAGCCGCCAACGCAGCAGCAGACUUCCCAGGCGCAAGCGCAGUCGCAGGCGCAAGCGUCGCAACAGCAGCAGUUUGGCCAGGCACCGGGCUCCUCCGCCUCGACCAUGAGCAGCGGCGGCCGCGUCGUGCCCAACCAAGUCUACGGCGCCGUCCCUGCCUCCAGCGUCCAGUCCAACCCGGCCAUGCCUCACCAUGUGCAGCAGCAGCUCUUGAUGCAACAGCAGCAGCAACAGUACCUCCAACAACAGCAGAUGAACCAGCACAUUAACCAGCAGAUCAGCCAGCAAAUGAGCCAGGCUGUGGGCUCGCAGCAACAGCAGCACCUCUCCAACCACCACAUGGGUGGCCCUCACUAUGGAUAAGUCGAAUUGCCGCAGCAAUCGCAGCCGUGAUCGCCAAGGGGCGGUAUGAUUCUCAUCUCGGUGGAUCGAUCCUGGCCGGCAGACUGGUCGCCGGUCUGUCGUCGCAGCGAUGUGUCCAUACUCUCCGGAUGAGCCGCCGCCUGCCUGCCUUCUAGCACCGCUAUAGCUUUCCUCCUGCCUUGCCUUACGUGAGACCUUUAUGCGCUAUCUGUUCUGGCCUGCCCCCCCCCUCUCUCUCUUUUUGUGUGCUUCUUGCGCUCCGUUUCUCCGACCCACCCUCGCUCGCGCUGCAUUGAUCGAAAUAUAUAGCUCAUGGCUGUCCGCA